AUCUUACUGCUGCCUCUCCAUCCCCAACAAACCUCGUUGCAUGAGGGACUCGCUGUCCAACUCACUAGGGGGAAAUGAUUCCAGAUAUGCCACCGGUUCCUCUUGGCAUGCUCGAUCUCUCCCAGUGAUAUCGGAUCACCCCAACCAUUUACGAUCGCCCCCUCUCCGUCUCCUCGCAUCCGCGCGACACACUUAUACCCGCCAACCCACGGAUGCUUACUAUUGACAGAUUCGCUUUCCGACUGAAACCAGAUCGCUCAGGCAUCGCUUCUGCUUCCUGAGCAUCAGUCAUGUCCAUACUUCCAUCGGCCGCUUCAGCCGCAACAGCUUCAAUAACUGCUGCGCAGUCCCUGAACACCACUGCAUCGAUCGCCGCUCAUUCCUCACUGUCCUCGUCAUCGCGCGAACUCCUGUCGCUUCCGCUACGCGGACUCUCCCAGGCAGAGGCCUUUACAUUCUCUACCGUGCCUAAGCAAUUCGCCAAGCUAGUUGGGCUGCAGGAUAUGGCGACGCGAUUUUGGGGGGCAGCUUCUGGGACGGGGCUGGAGCCUGAAGCAGUACUGGCAACGCAGACAGCCGCUGAAGCUGUCAGAGACGGCGUGGUUGAUGCCGCUGCGCAGGCUGACUCUAGUCUCCAUUUCUCCGACAUCCUACAGGCCGUCAUGAAAUUUAGUGGUUUCUUCUCGUACCUGACGAGCCGGUGGUCUUUAACUUGCUUUACCGUGGCUCUUAUAUUGAAUAGAAUUACAAUAUAUGCCUCCACUAGAAGACACCUUAAUCUGGAUUGGACUAGGCGAUUGGCUCUGCGCAUCGUUCCUAUUGCCCUUUUCGUUACUCAAAUCUACGCACUUCUUCGGUCUAUCCGUUGUCAAACAUCCCCGGAAUACUCUACCAUACGCUAUGGCACGCCGGGUAAACGCUUGCUAUUCGAUCAUUCCGGCGGAGGGGGCUUCUUGCAUGCCCUAAGCUCCACCCUUUUACCUUGGGAAACAGACGAGCAGUCUUGCAGUGCAGUGCACAUGGGCCGUCCUGUAAAUGCCUCAGACAUAUCAUAUGGCUCUUUCCGACUGCUCUGGCCAGUUUUCAUCCGCCUCUGCCUCAGUCACUUUGUCGAAACCGUCUCCUGCGCUUUGCAGGGACGAGCAGUCGUCACAGAAGCUGGCAUGUCUAUUUUCGAACACUCGCUUGCCUUUGCAGAGGCAGAAUCUGUAAUCAGCCAGACUCUUGGUCUUGGUAUCUUUGGGUUGUCAAAGCAAAGCAGUGCGAAAGAUAUCGCUGGAGAGGGCGGGCAAUCUACCCUGCAUAUCCUGACCCGAACUCAAGCUUUGGAGCGAAUGAAUGUCACUCCCGAGUUAUUGCUGAUCGCGAUGAUCUCGUGUUGUAACAGUCUGACCUCUAAUGUUCUAGAUGUCAUUGGCAGACAAAGUCGUUACCGCUUGGUGAAUACUGCUUUUUGGGGCCUAUGCUUCAUGUCGGCUAUGGCGUGGGGCUUGUUCGGCGGUUCUCCAGUUGGAAGCGACAGUGUCGUUUUAAAAUUUCCGACUGUAUGCAUUGUGGGGUUCAUUCCUCACCUUCUCAUCCUGCUAGGAAUCAUCGCCUGUGUCUUCAUAUACGUGAUUGCCCUGUUAAUCACAGCCUUCUCGCUGCCUAUGCAGACAUCGGGCUCUUUGACACUUCGAGAAAGAUUUUCCCUUGCACAUGAGAAUAUGCAGGGCGCCAGUCAGAUUCAAAAUAUUCGUAUUAAUUGGCACGAGGACUUUUACAGCACGCUGCUAAGGAUCGGUUACACGGCUUUGACGGCUGCCAGCGAAGCAGUCUUUCUCAAUGAAGGAAGGCGGGUUUCCGCGCGCAGGAUGACUUGGUUGGAGCAGGAUAGGCUGGCCGAAAUAGAGUCUCAUCGCAAGCAGUCAUCUUGGAACCCCCGCAGUGAUCCCUCCGCGGAUAUGUGCUCUGAGAAUGGGGAGUUAGACUUCGAUAUCACCGAGUCAACCGUGGAAUGGGAGAGCGGAUACUCGCGCGAAAAGAAAAUUGAGAAGCCAAAGCCAGGCUCCAGGCCUGUUCGCCCGCAGAAUGAUGCAGGUGGUGUGGGUACCUUCAGGGGCGUGGUUCGCUGUUACCAUGGAUUUGCGUUCUUCCGAGGCAUCUUCUAUCUUGUCCUGAAGUGGGUUGCUUACGGCAUUGACAAGCUUCUCUCCCGGAUGGGCAUAACUGCCCGGCCACAGUGGUUGAAAUCCGCGGUAGGGUCACCAAAGGACUCACAGAAGAAGAGAAAGGGCAACCGCAUGGAUACUCUAGACUUUUGGAUUUUGACAGAUGAUGGAGCUUUAGAGCUACCCGACGACCAUGAAUUCGAUGUAGAAAGAGAGAUGCGAAAAAGAGAAAGAAACCAGGCCGCUGGCUGGGAGGAAUCCGAUGAACGCCGACUUGACGACAAACUCUACGGUUGGUGGAAAGUGGGAGGCUCAUGGGGCAAUCAGGACCAGAGCUCUGAUUACGCACCUUCUGUUGACGACUGGGAGGACACUACGAGUGUCAUAUCCAUGUCGACGACGACCGGCUCCGAGUGGGAAGGAUACGAAUCCGACGGUCGUCGCACUCCCACUCAAGACGACCCCUUUCCGGGUCGUUUCUCCCGAGAAAGUACUCCAGCUCAAGAACCGCUCGUGGAUAUCGGCGCCUUGGCACGACUGCUGGAUCCUCGCGAUCAAGAAAGCAGACACGAAGCGCGCAUAUUGUCUGCUCACCUGGCUGCUGGCCGUGAGGGUCGGAUAAUGACCCGUCGGCAGUUCCAAAAACAUGUUGAACGGGACCGAGCCCAAAUCCUGCUUAGCUCACGAUUAGCACAGCCCUCUACACAUGAGUCUACUAACGGCAAACGCAAGCCUACCUCUGAGGAAGAAGCCGAGCUUCUCGAAAACCUCAUCCUCUCGCGAAGAGCCGAGAUGCGGUCCGCUCCAAAUGCAGACGAGCAGACGUGGGAAUCGGGUGCCUCGGGUCUUGGACCCAGCGGGCCACCGUGCGUCAUUUGUCAGACUAACCCCCGUUCUAUCAUCACCUGGCCAUGUCGGUGUCUCUGUAUCUGCGAGGAUUGCCGUGUUAGUCUCGCCAUGAAUAACUUUGGAAACUGUGUGACAUGCCGCCAGGACGUUGCAGGUUAUGUCCGGUUAUGGGUCCCAUAAGUCUUGUUGUCUUUUCCGCAUCGGCCUCACGCUUGACAUAUCGAGGUCCUCAUUUAGCAACAUUAGCGUAAUUUGAAUGCAAAGCGAUAGAUAGAGUGAUUAAUUUACAUUGUACCAUCUAGGAUAAUA